AUGGCAGCAACUUACAGACUUGUAGUCAGUACUGUGAACCACUACAGCAGUGUGGUGAUAGACCGACGUUUUGAGCAAGCUAUACAUUAUUGCACUGGAACCUGCCACACCUUUACACAUGGAGUUGAUUGCAUUGUGGUACAUCAUAGUGUUUGUGCAGACCUCUUGCACAUCCCUGUGUCUCAGUUCAAAGAUGCAGAUCUGAACUCUAUGUUUCUACCCCACGAAAAUGGGUUUUCCUCAGCUGAGGGUGACUAUCACCAGCAGGCCCUAACAGGCAUACCCAGGGUCAAGAAAGGAUCUACAUUUCAGAACACCUGUAACUUAAAAGACAUUGCAGGAGAAGCAAUCAGUUUUGCUAGCGGGAAAAUAAAAGAAUUUUCCUUUGAAAAGCUCAAAAACUCUAACCAUGCAGCUUACAAAAAGGGAAGAAAAGUUAAGUCUGACUCAUUUAAUAGGAGGUCAGUUGAUUUUGACUUGUUCUGUGGCCAUUAUAACAAUGAUGGGAACUCCCCAUCCUUUGGUUUACUCCGGAGUUCCUCAGUUGAGGAAAAAUCUUUGUCCCAUAGAAACUCACUUGAUGCAAACUUGACAUCAGUGCUUCUUCACAACUUCUCUGAAGAAGACCUGGUUACUCAGAUUUUGGAAAAACAUAAAAUAGAUAAUUUUUCUUCUGGAACAGACAUAAAGAUGUGCUUGGACAUCUUGCUGAAAUGCUCUGAGGAUUUGAAAAAAUGCACAGAUAUCAUAAAACAAUGCAUAAAGAAAAAGUCAGGGAGUAGCAUCAAUGAAGGAAAUGGUAAUGAUGCAAUUUCUAGCUCUGAAACUGUCUAUAUGAAUGUAAUGACCAGGUUAGCAUCCUAUCUGAAAAAGCUACCAUUUGAAUUCAUGCAGCCUGGGAAUAAUGAUGCUAUAGAUUUAACAGAACUCGUCAGUAAUAUGCCCAGUUUACAACUGACUCCCUUUUCCCCAGUAUUUGGCACUGAACAACCCCCUAAAUAUGAAGAUGUUGUCCAGCUCUCAGCCCCUGACUCUGGACAGUUUCAAACUAUAGAACUGCAAGAUGACAAACACAGUUCUAGGAAAACAGAUGCUGUAAGUUCCAUUCCAAAUAACUCUACAAAUCCCUUAUAUAACUCUGAAGUAAAUGAUCCCAGAACCCUAAAAGAUACCCAGCUUCAAUCACAGUCGUUAACCAUGAACCCUUUAGAAAAUGUUUCUUCUAAUGACCUAAUGGAAACCCUUUAUAUUGAAGAAGAGUCUGAUGGAAAGAAAGCAUCAGAUAAAGGACAAAGGGCAGAGAAUGGACCUGGUCAGUUGUUAAAUGAAGAUAAAGCAGCAUUUUCAAACCGUAUUACUCAUCUUAAAAAAUGUCCUGCCUCUGUGCAAAAUGAAAGUGGUAAGAUAUUUGAGAAACCAGUUGUUAAUCUACCUGAGGAGGAUUUUAAAUCAAAAGUUCCUAAAGUUGAAGAGGGAGGCCACAGAGAUUUUAUGAAUCUUAACAGCCAGGAGGAGAUAGAUAAAUUGUUAAUGGAUUUGGAAUCAUUUUCACAGAAAAUGGAGACCUCUCUAAGAGAGCCACUUGCCAAAGGUAAAAGCUCUAACUCUCUAAGUAGUCCUAGUCCAUUAACUAGUCAGCUUCCUAUAGAUCUUGAACCUAAAUCUAAAGUCUCUGCAGCCACCGAGAAAGUCUCGCCUUCCUGUCUAACAAGGAUUAUUGAAACCAAUGGACACAAAAUAGAGGAGGAGGAUCGAGUCCUCUUACUACGAAUUCUAGAAAGCAUUGAAGACUUUGCUCAAGAACUAGUUGAAUGCAAAUCGGGCAGAGGCAGCCUAUCACAAGAAAAGGAAAUGAUGCAGAUUCUACAGGAAACCUUGACCACUUCCUCCCAGGCCAAUUUAUCAGUCUGUAGAAGUCCUGUUGGUGAUAAAGCUAAAGAAAGUACUUCAGUGGUUUUGAUUCAGCAGACCCCAGAGGUGAUCAAGAUUCAAAAUAAACCAGAAAAGAAACCUGGAACACCACUUCCACCUACAGCCACCUUUCCAAGUAGUCCCCGACCUCUCUCCCCUGUUCCUCAUGUGAAUAAUGUUGUGAAUGCACCAUUGUCCAUAAACAUUCCACGGUUCUACUUUCCUGAAGGACUCCCAGAUGCCUGCAGUAACCAUGAACAGACUCUAAGCAAAAUUGAAACUGCUUUCAUGGAUAUUGAAGAUCAGAAAGCAGACAUCUAUGAAAUGGGAAAAAUUGCAAAGCUCUGUGGCUGUCCUCUUUAUUGGAAAGCCCCCAUGUUCCGGGCUGCAGGGGGAGAGAGGACAGGAUUUGUGUCCGCACAGUCAUUCGUUGCCAUGUGGAGAAAGUUGCUGAAUAACCAUCAUGAUGAUGCCUCUAAGUUUAUCUGUCUCCUGGCAAAGCCCAGCUGCAACUCUCUAGAACAGGAGGAUUUUAUCCCUUUACUUCAGGAUGUGGUAGAUACACACCCUGGCCUCACGUUCCUGAAAGAUGCUCCAGAAUUCCACUCUCGCUACAUCACCACGGUUAUUCAGAGAAUAUUCUACACAGUCAACAGAUCUUGGAGUGGAAAAAUAACUUCGACAGAAAUAAGAAAAAGCAACUUUUUGCAAACUCUAGCCCUUUUGGAAGAAGAGGAAGAUAUAAACCAAAUCACAGAUUACUUCUCCUAUGAACAUUUCUAUGUUAUUUAUUGUAAAUUCUGGGAGCUAGAUAGUGAUCAUGACCUCUACAUCAGCCAGGCUGAUUUAUCUCGAUAUAAUGACCAGGCUUCAUCAAACAGAAUUAUUGAAAGGAUAUUUUCUGGGGCAGUAACAAGGGGAAAAACAGUACAGAAAGAGGGAAGAAUGAGCUAUGCAGAUUUUGUUUGGUUUUUGAUCUCUGAGGAAGACAAAAGGAACCCAACCAGCAUUGAGUAUUGGUUCCGCUGCAUGGAUAUGGAUGGAGAUGGUGUACUCUCCAUGUAUGAGCUGGAGUACUUCUAUGAGGAGCAAUGUGAACGGAUGGAAGCCAUGGGCAUUGAGCCCUUGCCAUUCCAUGAUUUGCUGUGCCAGAUGCUUGACCUGGUGAAGCCAGCCAGUGAUGGCAAAAUAACACUACGAGAUCUGAAGAGAUGCAGAAUGGCACACAUUUUUUAUGAUACUUUCUUUAAUCUGGAGAAAUACUUGGACCAUGAACAGAGAGAUCCUUUUGCGGUCCAGAAGGAUGUUGAGAAUGAGGGGCCUGAGCCCUCUGACUGGGACAGGUUUGCAGCUGAGGAGUAUGAGACUCUUGUUGCAGAGGAAUCUGCCCAAGCACAGUUCCAGGAAGGCUCCUUUGAAGAUUAUGAAACGGAAGAACCUGUCUCUCCCUCUGAAAUUGGAAACAAAGGCAAUAAAAGUCAAAUAGUAACCUCAAGCCUUUCAGAGAAAUGUGGAAAGCUUCAGUCAGUGGAUGAAGAAUAG